CCGGCGGCGGCAUGGGCGGCGAGUUCGGCUGCCGCUCCCUGGCGCCUCUAGGCUGGCUGUACAUGGUCCAGGGGAUUCCCUACGGCCUGCAAGAUAAAUUCCUUCCCGUCCAGCUGCGGUCUAUUGGUCUGAACUAUUCCAGUGUAUCUUUGUUGAAGCUGUUGCUGCUGCCUUGGAUAGCCAAAGGAAUAUGGGCACCAGUGGUAGAGGUGUAUGGUGGCAAGCAACGUUGGCUCCUCAUAUCCACUUUAGGUCUUGGAGUUUCAUCUCUCGCAGGCUCAAUGAUUGCCCCAGAUGAUGUAGUGAGUCUGGGUGUUAUGCUGCUCUCCCUCAACCUAUGUUCUGCUGUUCAAGAUGUAGCAGUAGAUGGCAUGGCACUGCAAGUGCUGUCAGAUGACCAGCUCAGCCUUGGAAACACUCUGCAGGUUGUUUUAUACAAAGUUGGCUGUCUAGUUGGUGGAGCUGGACUGUCAUUCCUUCUAAUGUACAGCAACUGGACUGUGACCUUCACCAUUCUCGCAUUCACAUACAUGGUAACUAGUGUUUGGGUGUGUUCACUUUCUUUCAACAGAAAUAUAUCUGCUGGCAAAGUGGUAGGAAGUAAGAAAUACUUAUCUACCGAAAAGACCUUACACUCACAUUUACACAUUGAGAGAAUAUUUAGUAUUAUUAAAGAAGUAUUGAGUUCAACAGGAACUCUUUGGAUAAGUUUAUAUGUCGUGCUUUACAAAAUGGGGGAGAGAGGAGCCAUAAACAAUAUGCCUUUGUACCUUCUGGAUAAAGGCUUUCCCAAGGAGAGUUUAUCAUUUUGGAAUGGAACAGUAUGUCAGGGACUGUCGGUGCUGGGAUCUAUCUAUGGGGGUGUCACCUUGAGGAAGCUUCAGUCUGAUAUUAGAGCUGUUAUUAUGAGAUAUUCAAUUCACAGAUGUAUUUUAAUUUUCAUAGAGUGUAUUUUGAUAUUCCUGCUAGACCAGCAUUCAAAUAAAGAGAGCAUUACUACUUUACAUUAUAUAAGUAUUGCAUCGCUAUGUUUGUUAAGCUUCACAAGUGGUGUAAUAUCUACAGCCACAUUUACAUUUAUGAUGACAAAAAGCAGAGGCUGCAGUCCGGAGUCGCAGACCAGUCACUACAGUCUGUUAGCAUCAGUUGAGGUUGCUGGUAAACUGAUAUUUGCAUCAUUGGCUGGAUUUGGCAUUGACAGUUUUGGUAUGUUUUGGACAUUCUCAUUGUUUGCCUUUCUAUCUAUUCUUCCAGUAUUGGUAAUUUAUAUAGCGCCAAGCCAUCUGUAUGCUAAUAUAAAGCAAGAAUAAACUUAUAUAAAAGUAU